AUGUUGGGUGUACCUUUCAUUGAUCGGUGGCUCUCCAAUACAUUUAAACCCAAAACCUUCGACGAUGCUGUGGACCGUCUCAGUUAUGUCACCACCGCUACUCUCCUCACCUUCUUUUCCAUCAUGGUCUCCUGCAAGCAAUACGUAGGAUCAGCAAUCCAAUGUUGGAUGCCAAUGGAGUUCAAAGGUGGCUGGGAACAAUAUGCUGAAGACUACUGCUUCAUCCAGAACACAUUCUUCAUCCCGGAACGAUCUGAGAUCCCAGGCGACGUUGAGGACCGACAGAAAGCGGAAAUCGGCUACUACCAGUGGGUGCCAAUUGUCCUUGCCAUCCAAGCUUUCAUGUUCUACUUGCCAUCAUGGAUCUGGUCUUCACUCUACAAGCAAUGCGGACUUGACUUCCCAUCGGUAAUCAGUGAAGCCGAAGCUCUCCGUUCAAGUGACUCGGAUACACGCAAGAAGGGGAUCAGCAAACUCGUUGCAUUCAUUGAAGACAUUCUGGAGACACGCUCAAAGAACGAAUACGGUCGCUUCUACUGCUACAGAUUCGGAAAGGGACUUGGAUCAAUGACCUCAGUGCUCUACAUCUGCAUCAAGCUUAUGUACCUUGCCAAUGUGUUCAUCCAGUUCAUCAUCCUCAACAAAUUCCUUGGAAACGAGACAUUCCUCUGGGGAUUCCACACCUUUGCUGAUCUGUAUGCUGGACGUGAAUGGCAAGAUUCUGGAGUGUUUCCACGUGUUACCCUCUGUGACUUCUCGGUACGAAAGCUGGCCAACGUGCACCGCUACACAGUCCAAUGCGUACUCAUGAUCAACAUGUUUAACGAGAAGAUCUACUUGUUCAUCUGGUUCUGGUUUGUCUUCGUGCUCAUCACCACACUGGUCAACACCAUCUGUACUAUCUGGAGAUUGAGCAUCGACAGCUCCCGUCACAACUACAUCAGAUCUCUUCUCAGCGGAGGACAACACAACAUGAAAGACGAACGCUUCCCAAUUGGAAAGUUCACCAACCACGGACUCAAGCAAGACGGUGUCCUCUUGAUGCGUUUCAUCGACGAUCAUGCCGGAGCAAUGGUUACCAAGGAAAUCUGCUCGAGCUUGUUCCAAAACUACCUCCAAAACGAUCCGUACGCCCGUCCUGUCCACCAUGGCCAUUCCACCAAGUCGACAUCCCCAGGGAUUGAGGAGGGACCCCAUGAGCAUCUCUACACUCCAGAGAAGAUGGGACUGAUGGUUCCAGAUUAUCCAAUCAAACAAGCUUAA